CCCCGCGCAUGCGCGGCGCUGACCUGGCAAAAUGGCGGAGCUGGAGGAGCCGAGGCGGCGGAUCCCGCUGGUGCCGGAGAACUUGCUGAAGAAGAGGAAGGCGUACCUGGCCAUCAAGGCCACCCAGGCCAAGCAGGCGCUGCUCAACAAACGCAAGCAGCAGAAGGGGAAGCAGAUCCAGUUCAGGCGCCUGGAGACGUUUGUUCGGGAUUCAUGGCGCAAACGCCGGGAUGACACCCGCCUGAGGCGCAUGGAGCAGAGGCCUGGGCAGGCAGCAGCACCACAGGAGAGCAAACUGGCCUUUGUCGUGAGGAUUGUGGAUAUUAAGGGAGUGACCAAGAGGGUGAGGAGAGUGAUUGAGUUGCUGCGGCUGAAGAAGAAUUACACUGGGGUGUUUGUGAAGCUGAGCCCGCUGUCGCUGAAGAUGCUGCGGAUCGUGGAGCCUUAUGUGGCAUGGGGACAGCCUAACCUGAAGUCUGUACGAGAGCUCAUCCUGAAACGGGGCCAAGCCAAGAUCAAGAAAAAGAGGGUACCUCUGACAGACAACGUGCUGAUAGAGGAACAUUUAGGGGGCUGUGGUAUCAUUUGCCUGGAAGACCUUAUUCAUGAAAUCUACUCAACUGGGAAGUAUUUCAAGAGAGUAACCAGCUUUCUGUGGCCAUUCCAUCUGUCGGUGGCUCGGCACGCAUCGCGGAACAGAGUGGGUUUCCUCAAGGAGAUGGGCAAGCCUGGCUUCAGAGGGGAUGCCAUCAACCAGCUCAUCCGUCAGCUCAACUAGUCAGGGUUUUUGUGAAAACUUCAGGAUCUAUGACCUGGUCCUUUUCACAUGAACCUUUCAUGGACAUUAUGUACAUGCAGUGAUCUGUAUGCAACUUCUCUUGACUGCUGGUGCCUCUACAAAAGAAGAAAUACAGAGAUGAUGAUGAUGGAGAUGGACUUUGUGCUGGCCCUUCUUAAAGAAGAUAAAUUCUGUUCGGUACAAGAAUGAGCUUCUUGGAGCAAUUUCACUUUUGCAUCUCUGUAAAAUAAGUGGUUUUUAUGCUCCCUACUGCAGACUUCACUCUUUGAUGUGCACCUGCUUCUGGGGGUGAAGGGGUAGUAGAGUCACAAUUGUGCUGACAGGCAAAAGAAAAACACCAAGGUGUUCUUCUGUUACUGCAGCACAAGCCCUAGCAGUGAAUAAUGUCACUUUUUAAGUAUCCAGAUUGUAUUUAUUUUAAAAAAAUUAAGGGUUUUGUGUUCCUAAUUAUAAGAGCCCUUUUUUUGGCAAGACUUUUUUUUUUCUUCUUUUUUAAACGUCUGCUGGAUUGGGACUAUUGGGGAGGAUUAUUUCCUGGAAAUAGGAAAGCCCAAAAAGCUUGUAAUACAGUCAUGGGGUGAGGUGUAUGUAAUCGAUGUUUUUAAAAUA